AUGCAUCUGGUCCAAAACCAGCCGCCGCCCGCGAACGCCCAACCGCCACUUCAUUUCCUUUCCCGCCCGUCCGCCCGCCCGCGACCCUCCCGGCCGCCGCCGCCCCCCGCCGUCCGGCGCCGCCAUGGCCGAUGCCGACGACCCCCCCGCCGCCGCAGCCGGUGGGCUGACCCAUGUGGCCGCCGCCGCUGCCAUCUCGCCCGCAACAGCGGCCAUGCCGCCGCCCCCCGCCCGCCGGCCUGGAUUGGCGCCGCCCGGCCAGUGGCCACCGCGCCGGCGGCGAAGCCGGCGAAGGGACGAGGAGGCAGCGUCAAACGGCCGGCCAACCGCAGCCGCAACCCGGCUGAUAGUUCUACGCGGCCGAUGAAGGUCUCAAAGGCGGCCGCGGCGGCUCAGGGUGACGACUCGCAGACGGUGCGGCCGGCGGCCUCCUCCAGCAGCCACACAUCCAUUCCUCAACCUCCCCCGCCACGCACCGCCGGCCGUGGAGGAAGACGUGGCCACGCCGAUGGCCACCGCCUCCAACAUGUUCGACGAAAUGUCGCAAAGAAAAUGAUUGCACAAGGAUUGUUUCGGGAGAGGAACAUGAAAGGCGAGAAGAAGAAAAGGAAAGGAAAAGCUUUCACUUUUCAUCACUGCUCCAAAGAGCUCAAGGAUGUGGAAAAGUGGAAAACUAGAGAGACUUUUGAAUCGUCGAAGAAGAAGAGUGUGUUGGUUGAGGAUGAAGAAGAUGUCGCCAAUGAAGAGACGAGCCCCACUCCUCACUCCACGACAAAAUCUUAUAGGCCCGAUGGAAACAAGAAAGUGAAGGGAACCAAGGCCAGAGACAAUGAUCUCAAAGAAGGAUUUGAUGCCAUUGUCAUGGCAAGGAAAGAGUAUGCCGAAGAGAAAAGAAUCUUGAAGCUCAAGGAAAAAGAGGAGAGGAGUGAGGCCAAGCGGCGAAGGGCGGCCGAGGAGAAGAGGGCGGCAGCCGAGGAGAGGUUGGCCACGGCCGAGGAGAGGAAGGUGGACCUAGAGGAGAAGAAGGUCAUGGACGACGAGAGGAAGAUGGUUGAAGAGAGGACACUCAAGUUUAUGUUUAUGGACACAUCAACUCUUGAUGCCAAGGCAAAGGCAUAUGUUGAACUUUGUCGCGAUGAAAUGCUCAUGAAGAAGCAAAUGCUCAUGAGGCAAAUGAUGAUGGGAGGAGGCAUGGGAGGUGCCAUGGGUGGUGCCAUGGGAGGAGGCAUGGGAGGAGGCAUGAGAGGAGGCAUGGGAGAUGCCAUGGGAGGAGGCAUGGGAGGUGCCAUGGGCGGUUACAUGAACAUGAUUGGAGGUGCCAUGAAUGGUGCAUUUGGCGGAAACAUGGGAGGUGGCUACGGUGGCAACAUGGAAGGUGGCUUUGGCGGCAUGGGAGGUGGCUUUGGUGGCAUGGGAGGUGGCUUUAGCGGCAUGGGAGGUGCGUUUGGCGGCAACAUGAUGGGUGGCUUGGGAGGUGGCUAUGGCGGCAACAUGAGUGGCGUUGGAGGUGGAUAUGGCGGCAACAUGGGACGGAAUGAAGAUGCUUCCGGUGGUGCUCACGGCAACGCGAGUUCACCGCUUGUUGAGAACAUCGACAAAGACGGUGGUGAAGAUGAUGAUCGUACCACGGUUCACAAUGCCGGUGGUGUUGAUGAUCCGCAUGAGUAA